AUGAAGCCGGUUUUCUUCAUCUCAGCAUUGGCUACUUGUGUCUCUGCAACUCCAUCCUCUACACCCAGCGCUGAAAUUGUCACCGAUGAACUACUCUUCAAUGUCACUCUGCCUGAAUUCAUUGCAUGCAGGGACGCUAAGAAUCCCAGCAGCCUGGACUGGUCUUCCGAUAGCUGCUCUAAGUCUCCGGACAACCCUUUCAAGUUCCCUUUCGACCAUGGUUGCAAGCGGCAUGAUUUCGGGUACAGGAACUACAAGGCUCAAAGUCGAUUUACCAGGGACAAUCGCAAGCGAAUUGACCUUAAUUUUUUCUCCGACUUGACAUCUCUCUGCGAGGCAGUUGAGGCUAAUGGCGCCUGUAGAGGCCUCGCCAACGUCUAUUACUAUGGCGUGAGACUAUUUGGUGGUCAGGGCCAGACUAGGUCUAUCGAGGCAGAGGAGGAAGAUCUGUACAGGAAGUAUGUCGAAGCUCAGGAAGAGUACAAACAGCUCGUCAAGGAAGCUCAGGCCAAAGGAAAGCUGCCUAUUCUAAGAUGA